AUGUUCUGGCAGGGCUUAUUGCUACUGCUCGCACAGAAUGUUGUCGCCUGGCAUUCCGACGAUGACCUGAUGUCCUUCGUUACGCUCCCGGACGCCAGGGCUGUCAAAUUCAAUCUUAACUACGAACAUCGCGAUCGUGUUAGCCCGGGAUACUGGUUUGUCUCACCUUAUCUACACAUCGCGCCCGACGACACCACCAGUCUAUACGAACAAUACCAAAUAGGUCCCCACAUUUACGACCAGGAUGGGCGCCUCGUCUGGACCGGAGCCCCCAUGUUUGACAAUCGCAAUGUCUUUGAUUUCAAAACCAUUACCCUCAACAACGAAACGUACAUUUCUCUUAUCUUGCAAUACAAUCACGACGGAAGUGAACGAGGAUAUGGUAUGAUCCUGGACCAAAAUUACCAGGUUUAUAGGAAAAUCCCCCUGAGGAAGGACCUUGGAGUGUUCGAUAUCCACGAGUUCAAUGUUCUUGAUGAUGGCCAAUCCGCAGUGGUUACGAACUAUUUGUCAGAGGAAAUUACCUUGGAGGCCUUUGGUCGCCCAAUGGAAAAGACCUGGCUGGAAUAUGGUGGAUUCGCGGAGCUUGAUAUUAACACUGCAGAUGUUCUCUACCACUGGAACUCGUUUGCUGAGGUUCCACUGGUGGAAACCGUGCAUUACAGCCCAAGCUCCCGCGUGGAAGGGGCCCCGGGUUGGGAUUAUGUGCAUAUCAACGCUGUGGAUAAGAACGACAAUGGCGACUACUUGAUCUCUAUGCGCUUCACGAACACCAUCUACCUCGUCUCUGGACAGACAGGAACUAUUGUUUGGCGCCUGGGAGGACAGGGAAAUAGUGACUUCGCUCAGGAUUUCGUCUUUUCGAAACAACACGACGCCAAAUUCGUCGAGUCAUCGGGAACCCGCCACGUCAUAUCAUUCUUGAACAAUGCGUCCGAUGAGGAAUUUGCCGAGGAGGAAACCUCGUCGGCUUUGAUCGUCGAACUUGAAACCGGCACAAGCCCAAUGACCGCGCGCGUCCUCAAUCGGUAUAUUCGACCCGACAAGGGCCUCACCCGCCUCCGUGGCAAUUCUCAGCUAUUGGCCAAUAAGAACAUGUUUGUGUGCUGGAGUCAAGGCGGCUACAUUUCGGAAUUUUCGCCCGAGGGACAAGUCUUGAUGAGUGCCCGUUUCACCUCAGAUCGUUACUCGAACUACCGCGCCUAUAAAUCCGAAUUCAUUGGCCGCCCGACCACUCCGCCCGACCUAGUGGCUUCCGUGUUCGGCAGUGAUGAGACAAACCUCGUCACCAGGGUGCACGUUAGUUGGAACGGUGCCACUGAUGUGGCCUGGUAUAACUUUUACGCCCGGGCAUCCGAAUUCGACACCCCAGUAUUCAUCGGCAACGUCUCCAAGUAUGAUUUCGAAACAAUGUUCAUUGCCAGCGGGUACAUGGAUUGGAUAUCCGUCGAGGCUAUACACCACGACGGCCACGUUAUGGGCACCUCGAAGGUGCACCGAACCAAGGUCCCUGAUUGGGAGGCAGCCGGAUAUUUAGGUCAAUCUGGGCUUCCGAGACCCCAAGAUCCAUCCGGGCUCUCAUCUGCCCAAGGUGGUUCUUCAAGUAAGAAGCUUAGUAGCCCGAGUCGCUUGUCGUCACUAGAUGACACGGCAGAUGCUGAGGUCAGGAAGGCCAUUCAAAUGCUUUCCAGUUCCUACACGACCGUCCGUAGUAUCGGGGGUCUCUUCGCACUUAUUCUACUUCUGGCAGUCAUGUCUGGCAUCAUGGCCAGCUAUUUGCUCAUUCGAGGCUGGCGGGUCCGGCUUUAUCACCGCGUGCCAACGGAAGAACGCCUAUCUGAAGAAGGGGAGCAUCUCAGACCUGAAAUGACCGAGUAA